GUGACGGCGCGUCGAACGAAGGCGAACUUUGUCGGAGUCCGACUCGUGCUGCUGCUCGAGAUCUGACUCGUCAGCAUUGCCGGAAACGCGUCGUUGAGGAGUGCGUACCAACUUUGUCAGACGCUCUUAUCAGGGAACAAACGAAAAAAUGGAGCGCCAGCCCUCCUCAUGUGAUUCCGCAACAGGAACUGGAAAGCAUGAUCCAAGCAGAAUUCCAGCAGUGGGGUAACUACAUCAUGUCGGGAGGCACUAUAUCGCAAGCAC